AUGUGGGGUGCGAAGUUGAUGUUGUUUUCUGGAGGGAUCAUAUCCACUGUAAUUUUGUUCAAAGUGGCAAUAAUCCCAUUUGCAUUUGAUCUUAUUCUUCGUGCGUUACCCAGGAUUUGGACCUCUCUCCGUAUCUGGUUAGCUCCUCCUUACAUCUAUAUCAUUCUCAACUUCGUUAUCAUCACCAUUGCUGCUUCCUCCACACUUCAGUACAAAAACGACAGGGACACCAAACCAUCCUCUACAAGAACCCAGUUUCUAUCUACUGAGAAAAGUCUAGGCAAUCUCUGGCAAUACAUCGACGUUGAUGAAGAAGAUGUAAAACCAGUGCACUUUGCGAAAACCAUUAAUCCAUCUCCAGAGCCCUGUAGCUCCUGUGACUCUGGCCUGACAGAUUCUGGUAAACCACUGCGGAUGGAAAAAGAGACUACCAUGACGACGACGACAAUUGAACCACCAGAAGAAGCAGCAGAGGACACGAUGGAGGAAAUGUGGAAGAUAAUCAUGGAAGGGAAAAGGAAGAUGCAGUCACGGCAGCUAAAGAAAAGUGAGACGUGGUACACAGCCCCUCGGGUGGUGGUGGCAACAGGAGCAGCGGCGGAUGCUGCUGCUACCAUCGAUGAUGAUGAUGAUAUGGAUCCGGUUGCAUGGGCUUGGCGACAGCUGAGAAAGUCGGAGACGUUCGGUGAGAGAGCGUCACUAAAGGAAGAGAAAUCGAUGAGUCAGGACGAGUUGAAUCGGCGAAUAGAGGCUUUCAUUAACAAGUUCAAUAAUGAAAUAAGGCUUCAGCGCCAGGAAUCGUAUCAACAUUUCAUAGAGAUGGUUAAUAGAGGUGUUUAA